GCUUCCGGUUCCGGUGGGGCCGUCUGUAGCGACGGAGAUGGCGGCGACAGCGACGGAGGCUGCGGCCUCGGGCUCUGGAGAAACCCGAGAAGAGGCCGAAGCGCCCAGCCUCGCCUGGGAUGAGUCCCAACUGCGUAGUUAUAGCUUCCCGACCCGGCCCAUCCCGCGUCUGAGUCAGAGCGACCCCCGGGCGGAGGAGCUUAUCGAGAAUGAGGAGCCUGUGGUGCUGACAGACACAAAUCUUGUGUAUCCUGCCCUGAAAUGGGACCUUGAAUACCUGCAGGAGAACAUUGGCAACGGAGACUUCUCUGUGUACAGUGCCAGCACCCACAAGUUCUUGUACUAUGAUGAGAAGAAGAUGGCUAAUUUCCAGAACUUUAAGCCCAGGUCCAACAGGGAGGAGAUGAAAUUUCAUGAGUUUGUUGAGAAACUGCAGGAUAUACAGCAGCAAGGAGGAGAAGAGAGGUUGUAUCUGCAGCAAACACUCAAUGACACCGUGGGCAGAAAGAUUGUCAUGGACUUCUUGGGUUUUAACUGGAACUGGAUUAAUAAGCAACAGGGAAAGCGUGGCUGGGGACAGCUGACAUCCAACCUGCUGCUCAUCGGCAUGGAAGGAAAUGUGACACCUGCUCACUAUGAUGAGCAGCAGAACUUCUUUGCUCAGAUAAAAGGCUACAAGCGAUGCAUUUUAUUCCCUCCGGAUCAGUUUGAGUGCCUGUACCCAUAUCCUGUUCAUCACCCAUGUGACAGACAGAGCCAGGUGGACUUUGACAAUCCUGACUACGAGAGGUUCCCCAAUUUCCAGAACGUGGUUGGUUAUGAAACAGUGGUUGGCCCUGGUGAUGUUCUUUACAUCCCAAUGUACUGGUGGCAUCACAUAGAGUCAUUACUAAAUGGGGGGAUUACCAUCACUGUGAACUUCUGGUAUAAGGGGGCCCCCACCCCUAAGAGAAUUGAAUAUCCUCUCAAAGCCCAUCAGAAAGUGGCCAUAAUGAGAAACAUUGAGAAGAUGCUUGGAGAGGCCUUGGGGAACCCACAAGAGGUGGGGCCCUUGUUGAACACAAUGAUCAAGGGUCGAUACAACUAGCCUGCCAGGAGUCGAGGCCUCCUGCCAGGUGACUGCUAGCCCGUCCACACCGCUUCAUUGAUGAGGACAGGAGACUCCAAGCGCUAGUAUUGCACGCUGCACUUAAUGGACUGGACUCUUGCCAUGGCCCUGGAGGCAGGUGUUUGGGGCAAGGCAGGGUGGUUGGCGCUCCACUCCCAUUUGGAGGGACUUCUUGCCCUUGCCUCUGUGCCCCAGCAUCUUCCCUCUCUGCCCCCCCUCCCCCCCAAGGUCCUGCAUUCAGUGUGUGGAGUCCCAGCUUCUGGUUGUCAUCACGUCUGUGUGUGUCAGUCUGUCACCGUCGGGAUGUGUGUGCGUGUGUGUGCAUGCACACGCAUGUAUGUAUCUGUUCCUUGCUUUCUCCUCCUGGGUCAGGAUGCCACUGCUGGCUCUCCUUCCUGUCUCCUGCAGCCUCAGUGCCUCAGCCUGAGAGGGAGGAGAUGGUCUUGGACGCCCACUACCGGGCUGCAGGGCCAGAGCUCUCCUGACCGUCAGGUCAGUCUGCCUCCUUCCAGUUUUCACAGAGUCAGGCUCUAGGCUGGGUGGGAAUGGUUACUGGGACUCUUAACAGGGAGAGUGAGAGGGAGGCUUGCCUCUGAGAGCCUAGAUAGCCUUCCUGUGAGAGAAUUAGACAGAUUUCCAACUUGGACCCUUAAGCUCAAGCCAUACAUAGAAAAGAGCCUCGGGAUAUUAGAGCCAAGGACUAUGCAUAAGUUCCAAAUUGCAGACACAUACAGCUUCUCUCUUUCAGCACCAGCUCUUGCUCCCUGUGCUGAGUGCCAAGGGAGUUCUCCUAGUAGUGGCUUCUCUAGGUUCUAGGGGUGUAAGCCUCUGUGUGGAUGUGUGUGUGAUACGUGUGUCUAUGCGUGCGCGCGCGUGUGCGUGUCCUUGUCCACACUGGCCUGCCUCUCUGCUUACUAAGUUUCUCCACUGCUUAACCUUGUCUAGUGGGACAUACAGUGUGAACCCCAGGGAAGUACUGCCUGACCUAGCCUAAAGCUUUUAAACUCAGUUUUAGCCAUUGGACAUUGGUCAGGUCUCACUACAACCUCCAGGUCCUGUGACCCUCCCAGCCCAGGCCACGUCCUCUACUCCUGCGGAGUUUCCUGGCCAAGUAAAUGAAAUGGGGUCAAGCUUAGGCAGCUAACUUACCACCUAUCAUCCACCUCAGGGCAAGGACAAAAAUACAGCCUUGCUUCUUAAAGCCAGCGCCUCUGCCAGACCCCCCUAUAAUGUUCUACAAACACCCUUGAAAGUCAGGGCAACUGAUGAUAGAGCACGGAAGUGGAAUUUCUUUUCCUUUUCAUCAUUACUUGUGGGAACCCCUCUCAGGGCUGCAGCUUACAUACAGCUGGGCACUGCACAACUCAAAGGGCCAUCGGUCACAUGAUUCAGUGGAACUGGGGCCGCUGGAAUUGGGCGGUAUGGUGGCCCGGUGGCCCUGUGUCUCUUCACCUCCACUCCCAUCUCCAUGCCCCUUCUCUUUGGAAGGAAAGAGGAGUUGGAAAACUCUGGGUUUUUUUCCUUUUUUUUUUUUUUUUUUUUUUUUGCCAAAGGUUUACUUUCAGCAUCUGAGCUGUGGCUCUAACCCCCAAAGCUCAGUUUACAGUUACAGCGCACUGAUGGACUGAGAGGAUGUAUGUGUAUGCAUGUGUGCACCUGUGUGUGUAUUUUGGGUAGGGGUGUUUAUUUUUAGUACCCCAUUCUGGGGUUCUCUGAUGCAGCGUGGGUGUGCAAACACGGUACCUUCUCAAGUGUAGUUCUUUCAAAUAUAGCCAAUGCUGGAAAAUGUGA